UCGUGCGUGCGUGAGCGACUUUCCCCGUUGUUUGUUUACCAUGUCAGCUGGCGAGGGGAGAGCAUGCUGGCGAAGAUCCUGUUCCUUCUCGCCUCUGUAGCGCCCUUCCUCGUGCUCCUGCAGGGUUCCUGGGCCAGCGAGAAGGCCUUUAACAUCUUCCGGUAUCCUCCUAAUAAUCUGGACAGGAAAUAUGGCCGGGUUUCCGAGCACGAGAGGAGAGAGUUGGCCAAUGCUACGAGGGCCAUGUUCUACUUCGGCUACGAUAACUACAUGAAGCACGCAUACCCUAAGGACGAGCUCAAUCCUAUCUACUGCAGCGGGAGAGGUCCCGACUGGGAGAAUCCGUCCAACAUCAACAUAAACGACAUCUUAGGAGAUUAUUCUCUGACCCUGAUUGACGCCCUAGAUACACUCGCAAUUCUUGGAGAUGCCGUUGAAUUCCGAAGAGCCGUGCAGCUGGUCAUUGAGAAUGUCACCUUCGACAAGAAUUCAACGGUGCAAGUCUUCGAGGCCAAUAUUAGGCUACUGGGAGCCUUACUGUCAGCCCACCUCCUCAUCCUUGACAAGAGCAAGCCCUUUGGAGACCUGGAGCCGGAAUGGUACGAUGGCGAACUCCUUGAGAUGGCCUCAGAUCUUGCCUCAAGACUGCUUCCAGCCUUUGACAAUUCCAAAACAGGUCUCCCCCACCCUAGGGUUAACUUGCGCGAUGGUGUACCCAAGGGUAGUCGGACGGACACAUGCACAGCAGGAGCAGGAACUCUCUUAGUAGAAUUUGGAGUUCUUAGUCGCCUCAUUGGAGACCCAGUGUAUGAGAUGUCAGCCCGGCGAGCCAACAAAGUGCUGUGGAACCUGCGGAAUGCAAAGACUGGGCUCUUCGGCAACGUGGUGGAUGUGGACACGGGCAAGUGGAUGGGGGAGCUGAGCGGAGUGGGGGCCGGGCUGGACAGCUUCUACGAGUACCUCCUCAAGGCUUUCAUUCUUUUUGGGGAGGAAGAUGAUUAUUCAAUGUUCAAUGAGACAUACACACUCGUCAAGCAGUAUAUGAGGCGUGGUCGGCCACAUUGUAAUUCUGGGUUUGGCGAGCAUCCUCUGUAUGUGAAUGUUGAUAUGAAGAAUGGAGGAACACAGACUACUUGGAUAGAUUCGCUGCAGGCAGCAUUUGCUGGAGUGCAGGUUUUAGCCGGAGACAUGGAAGAGGCCAUUUGCACACAUGCCCUGUACUACACAAUAUGGAAGAAGUAUGGGGUUCUGCCUGAGAGGUUCAACUGGCAACGCAUUUCUCCGGAUGUGAUGUUUUACCCUUUGAGACCAGAGUUUGUGGAGUCAACCUAUCUCCUAUAUCAGGCCACACGCAACCCCUUCUACCUACACGUGGGCAGAGAUAUCCUGACAUCACUGAAUAACCUGACGCGGGCAGAGUGUGGCUAUGCAACCGUCCACUCAGUGCUCGACAUGACACUUGAGGAUCGCAUGGAGUCCUUCUUCCUCUCAGAGACUUGCAAAUACUUGUUCCUUCUCUUCGACAUAGACAACCCAGUUAACUUGAAGUCUCAUCAGUACAUGUUCACAACCGAGGGCCACAUCUUGCCCCUGGGACCUUGGCUGCGUAAGAAGAGAUGGGAUGUUGACCUCUUCCAAAAUGCAGAGACUGUGAUACAAGUCAAUGCUUCUCAUGCUUCUUGUGCAGCAAUAGAUAAGGAAAGAAUUUAUGGCCUACCUUUAAGAAGUCACUAUCUGGAGCAGAUCUCAGGAACACUUGGAGUUGAGUUAUGAUAAAGGAUCAUAUUAGCAUUGGAAGUCUGCCACAAAAGCCUAAUGAUAAUAUAAUAUAGUGAGUUUAGUGUUGGAAGUAAACAGAGGCUUUUGGGAAAGUGAAUGCCAUUGAAGUAACACCAUAUAAUCUUACCCAGGUCUUUUCUGUAGGUAUGCCUGUAAUCAAAAUGUUUGUUUAAGGGUUUUACACCAACUCUGUCUCCUAAGCUUUUUAUACAUGCAUUAGGGUUUGUGUGUUACGUUGGCAGGAGAUUUUCCAUGGUUGUACAGCAUAACACUUUUCCUUUUUGAAGUUGAUAUUCAGAUCAUUCUUUUUUUUGCCAUUUAAGUUGGGGACCUUUUUGAAAACCUUCACAUCAUCUUCUGUAAAACUUUUGAAACUUUGCAACACAUUUCCUUUUUGUCAUGAUUACGUUAUUAUUGUUGGUUGUGGCUCAUGAAGUGUUUAAUCUGUCAUAAUUUUUACACCAUACACAGGCAAUAUCUCGCUAAGUGCCUAAAGUAAAUAGGUCAGUAAACUUAAGUAACAAUUAUUUUCCUACCUGUACAAGAGAAAGUCAGGUAGAAUAUCAUGAAAAUACAUUAGUCGCUCAUCAUUCCAGUAUCUUUUAAGAAACCAUUUAAGCCUUUUUUUCUUUUUUUUUACAUGUUAAUAAUAAUAUAUCAUAUGCAAACCUUCGAUGUAUUGUAAAAUGUUUAAAACGUUUUAGAUAGGAGAUGGAAAUUUGGUACAAGUUGUGUGCGUAAAUUAUGGGUGGAAAGUUGUGUAUUUUAUGUGGAUAUUGAUUAAAAAAUACAUAUUUUAUUCUUUGCUCUUCUUGGGUUAUAUGAUAAGGUCUUGAAUAUAAGAAAUGAAGUUUGAAAAUGGUAAGAAUGAAAUAUGUUGUAAGAAAUAAUAGUUAGCAAGUCUCCAAAGUUCCUUACUUCAUUAUAUUUUCUUCUUUCUUCUUUUAGCACACUGUUAUUACGUAUUAUAAGUUCAUUUGCCCGUGUCUGUUUGUACAUGUAUGCACGUGGCAAUACGGUUACUUUUUCUCUUGCCAUUAUUUCUUCUUUAUUUCAAGUUCAUUCCACCGGAGGAAUAUCAACUGAUCUAGUCUGUUGACCUUUUAAAAGCAUAGAAGUGACGGAACUGUAGUGGAAAUUCAUAUUUUUGCAGUCGGCCUUCCUGUUCAUAGCAUUAGCACCUAGUAACUGAUUUUUGUUUUCAAUCAUUCCAGGAUUUCUAAUGACAGUUUGAUGAGAUCAGCUAAGGUUUCGUGUGUGCAAAGGUUUGUUUAGUUUGAUUUUGAACAAAGGUAAAUGCAUAUGCCAACCAUUUAUUUUUGGAUCAGUGGCGUGAAAGUGGUGAUAGAAGGAAAAAAAUAUCAUUGCUGUCUUAAAGUCAUUACUUUUCCUGUUUUUAAUUUCUUUCUUUCUUACCAACUCAUUAUAUAUAUUUCUUUUUUUUAUAUAAGGUAUAUAGCAGCUUUCAUUGUAAGUCACAUGGAGAUUAACAGAACUGGAGAGAGAAUUGUUUGUUUGUAUGUUUUGAAAGAAAGAAAAAAAAAGAUAUGAGAUUGCUGUGUCUUUGAUUACAGUUUGUUUGUUUUUUCGUGUGUGUUAAAUUAUGUAGUCCCAUCACAUUGUAUGUCAUUUUCUUUUUACAAUCCAAACAUCAGGUUUUGCUCAACAUUUGAUACUUCCAAUGAAAUUCCCUCACAUCUCACCAUUAUGAAGUAGUAAUUUUUAUAGUCAUUUAAAAUCAUCAAAUUAAAUGUCAUCCAUAACAUAUUUAUUAACUGUAUAUUCACUCAUAAUAGUUGAAAAUACCUUUUUGUAUAACUUAAAAAAAAAAAAAAGUUCUCUAGGUUUAUUCACCAGUAAAAGUAGCUAUCAUUUUUCUAGACUUAAAGAUAUUUUAGAAAGACUAGUCUCAGAUAUGCAUUCCAUAGUCAUCCAAGCAAAUGUGGCCCUCAUCAACUACUUUACAAGGAAAAGAAAUACUAGUGCUUAGUUGAUAAUGUUUAUAAAAUCUGUAAAUUAACCUAAAAUAAUGUUAGAUAUGCAAAGGAUUGUUAUUUGUUGAUAUUCAUAUUCUUUGUAGUUUUAUCAUGAUAUUGAUUUUUAUUAUUAUUAUUAUUAUUAUUAUUAUUAUUAUUAUUAUUAUCAUCAUCAAUAUCAUUAUGAUUAAAAUCAUCAGUAGCAUUCUUACUUAUAAUGUUAUUAUCAUUAUCAUCACUGUUAUUAUCAUUAUUAUCGUGAUCAUCAUCAUCAUUAUUACUACCUGUGGUUGUUUAAUGGAGAGUGUUUUCAUAACAUUCUUCUGUACCGUAAAAAGAAAAGGUUACUUAAUGUUUAUUUCAAGAGAAAUAAAUGCCUCCACUAAUUGGGAAAAGUUUCACAUAAACUUUUAAGUAGCUUUUGAUAGAAAUGGAUUCAGUGAUGAAACCUUUGUUAAAUCAAUAUUUUAUUUGAUGUUCUAAAUAUAUAAGCCUAAAAUUUUUAAAUUUUAUGUAUCAGAAAAUGUGAAUGAAGGUUGAUUUUUAUUUUCCAAAAUAUUAUUUAUUUACAACUCCAUACUGACAUAUUUUGUGUUGUCACAAAACUGCAUUAUUUCACAGUCCUAAUUUCAUUAUCUUACUGUACAUUUUUAUAUAAUUGAGGUAAGACCAUAUUUUCCUUUCUCUUAGUUUAAUAUUGUCCUGACUUUUGAUUUCUGUAGCUUGUUGUGCAUCCGUUCAGAGGUUUAUUAGAUUUGAUUUAUUACCAUUUAAAAAGUUUUGUUGUGUCUUAUACAAUAUGUAUGAUAAAGUAUGUUUCUAGAGA